AGAUGGCAUCCACUGUGGACAUGUCGCUUUGGUAGGCAAAUCAGAAUGGAUUCAAGUCGCCAUUCAGACAGGAGCUGAUAUGUCCCAUCCCCAGCUUCUCAAAACACUUCAUCACCGUGGAUGUAAGUGCCACUGGGCGGUAGUCACUGAGGCAGGUCACCACGCUCUUCUGAGGCACCGGUAUGAUUGAAGCCUGAUCACGGAUUCCCAAACUUGUUGAUGCCAUGGACCCCAGGUUGGGAACCCCUGGACUGGACUAUUGUGAAAACCUGGCUGGUUCAUUGAUAUUUGGAGCUAGAUCUGCAGAUGCUGGAAGUGCAAAACAAAACUGAUAUACAUAGAUCCCUUUAGAAUGCCGAGAGGGGAGGAAGGAAGAAAGUGCCCAUUGAAGCCUGUGGAAAUAAUUGAAAAUAGUAUCUUAAAAGUGGAGACUGGUGAAACUGAAGAUUGUCCAGGGACAGCCAGCGAAGAUGCUGGUAAAGCUUCCGCCUGCCAGGGUUGUCCUAAUCAAGCGUUAUGUGCUUCCGGUGCCACAAAAGCUCCAGAUCCAGCCAUUCAGGAAAUUAAGGAGAAAAUGGUAUCUGUUAAACAUAAAAUCCUGGUUUUGUCUGGAAAAGGAGGGGUUGGCAAAAGCACUUUCAGUGCCCACCUAGCUCACGGGAUAGCAAGUGAUGACACCAAGCAGAUUGCUCUUCUAGAUGUUGAUAUUUGUGGUCCAUCAAUUCCAAAAAUGAUGGGAGUAGAAGGUGAACAGGUACACCAGAGUGGGUCAGGAUGGUCUCCUGUGUAUGUCGAAGAAAACCUGGGUGUAAUGUCGGUAGGGUUUUUGCUCAGCAGUCUUGAUGAUGCUAUCAUUUGGAGAGGACCCAAGAAAAAUGGUCUGAUCAAACAAUUUUUGCGAGAUGUGGACUGGGGAGAAGUGGACUACCUGAUUGUUGAUACACCACCUGGUACCUCAGAUGAGCAUCUGUCUAUCGUACAGUACCUGAGUGCCACGGAAGUCGAUGGAGCUGUGAUCAUCACCACUCCUCAGGAAGUUUCACUACAGGAUGUCAGAAAAGAAAUCAACUUCUGCCAGAAAGUGAAACUGCCUGUAAUCGGAGUUGUAGAAAAUAUGAGUGGUUUUGUUUGCCCAAAGUGCCAGCAUGAAUCCCAAAUUUUCCCACCAACCACCGGAGGUGCCAUGAAGAUGUGCAAAGAUUUAAACAUUCCAUUUCUUGGGAAACUACCCUUGGAUCCCAGGAUAGGAAAGAGUUGUGAUGAAGGCAAAUCAUUCUUAUCAGAAAUACCUGAUUCUUCCGCAUGUAUUGCCUACAAGGAGAUUGUUAAACGAAUCCAGGAAUACUGUGCUACACGUAGUUCUGAAGUGGGGGAAAAUGCCUAACAAAUUAAGAAUUACUUCAUGUUUCUCUGCAACACGCUGAGUGAAUUUGACUGACUUGCAUCCAUCGGUGAAGGCAAUUAAGUGAAUUCAUCUGGACUAUUUUUUUCAACCCUUGUAGGUGAUUUCUAAUAUUUAAGACCUGCAUCUGAUCCUAUUCCUGAGCAAAGUUAUACUUUUUUAAUUUCAAUGAAUGUUAAAAUUUGUAAAAGUGUCUAAUUUUGCAUAAUGCGCAAAAGGUAAUGGUGGUGAUAAAGGAUGUACGUGAUUGGGUCAUUUAAUGAGGAUAGGCGACGUUAAUAGAAGAAGCCAUGUUUGGGUGCUUGCCAAUAGCUGGUGGAGAUAAGGACAAUUGACAAAAUUGUCCUUGUACCUUAAGCACCAUCCCAGGAAUGGCAUAGCAAAUAAGAAAUUGUUAUCCUUGUUAGAACAUAUUUAAUGUUUAAAUUUAAAAUAUCUAUUUUUGUGUUUUUUUUGUUGAAUUUGUGACUUAAUUUACUCUGUGAAAAAUAAACUCCAAUCACUUGGGUACAAGAGAUAUUGCCUUCACUUAUAAAUGAUUUCUGUUGUGGCUGAGUAUCACUGUUGAGUCUUUGUCUGUGAUAUUUCCAAAAGCACUUGGUUAAACGCAGCACUAAGUUACAAUAUUGAAAAUCUGGCCAAUUGUAUGACUGGAAUUUGUUAGUUUUCAGGUGAGUUGCAUAAAUGCAUUUUUAUAGGAGGGAGGGGAAGAUGGCGGCGCAACGCAGCUCGCAGCGGCCACUCCGGUGGUGAUGUCUGUUAUUUGUCAAGUAGGGUGCCGUGCACAAUCCUGAUUUGAUGGAGACGGACGUGAGAGUACGGAGGAACAUCUAGUGAAACUUCUGAAAUGCCUGCUUCUCUGCUGCUGCUACUGUGUGGUCCAGAAU